UCGGCUCUGCCUCUGUAUCUGGCGAGCCACUAACUAUCUACCCAGGCAGAGACGGCUGUGGUAGCUGAAAAUAGCGAGCUAGCCUUGCUGUUACCCGUCUUAUCUAACCAAAGAGUCGACCAGCAGCUGAAACGCCAGAAAUGAACGCAAAUUAAUGAGAGCGCGGAAGACAUUUGUAGGAGGAAACUAUGAAAGACUGAAAGACAGGGGACCUUUUAUAGGUAAUUUUUACCGGCUUCUCGGCCAAGCCGCCAGCUCAAACAGCCUUCGCCUUCUCUACGGAAGUUGUGGUCGGAAAAUACGGUGACGGUACACUGGGCUGCGUGGUGUGAGCUCCCAUGAGAAAACCACGACGGAGAGGAGGCCUGGCUGGGGCCCAAAGUGAUGCCUCGGACACAGGUACAGCAGCUGUGGAGGAUUCGCAGCCACGCUCCCCCUCCCCCUACCGACUAAAGGUUUCACCCACCAGAGAAACCUUAACAUACGCCCAGGCUCAGAAGAUCGUGGAAGUGGACCUGGAUGGAAGACUGCAUCGGAUCAGCAUUUUUGACCCCCUGGUGGUGAUCACUGAAGAUGAGAUGACUGCUCAGGAUAUCGCAGAGUGCAAUAGCAACAAAGAAAACAGCGAGCAGACAUCAGUGAGCACUGUCGUCAGCUCGCCACGCAGAUCAGUAGCCAACAGAGGCAAAAAGAAAGAUGUCAAGCAGUUAUCUUCAUCUCAGAAUCACUGUUCCAACUCUCACGGGCAGUCUCAGACGCAGUCAAGUGGGAACAGCCACCAUGGCACAUUACCCAAGCCCACUUUCAAAGAACAUGAGUUUUAUGAACCAGUGGAGGCUCCUCCGCGGCCUUCAGCGUACUAUCGUUAUAUUGAUAAAUCCAGUGAAGAUCCAGACACAGAUGCGGAGUAUGAUAUGGAUGAGGAGGACGUGGCCUGGCUUGAACUGGUGAAUGAAAAACGAGAUUCAGACGGCCAGCCACAUAUAUCACCCGACACCUUCGAACUUCUGAUUGACCGUCUAGAAAAGGAGUCGUUCUUAGAGUCCCGAAGCCAAGCAUCCUCACAGAGCGUCAUCGACGAAGAUGCCUUCUGCUGCGUCUGCUUGGACGACGAAUGUCUCAACAGUAACGUCAUCUUAUUUUGCGAUAUUUGCAAUCUAGCUGUACACCAGGAGUGUUAUGGAGUUCCUUAUAUCCCAGAGGGGCAGUGGCUUUGCAGGUGUUGCUUGCAGUCGCCAUCUCGCCCUGUAGACUGUGUGCUGUGCCCGAAUCGAGGUGGUGCGUUUAAACAGACCAGCGAUGGACGAUGGGCACAUGUUGUUUGCGCUAUUUGGAUCCCUGAGGUGUGUUUUGCUAAUACAGUCUUCCUUGAGCCCAUUGAGGGUGUGGAUAAUAUUCCACCUGCUAGGUGGAAGCUAACAUGCUACUUGUGCAAGCAAAAAGGUUGUGGUGCAUCCAUCCAAUGCCACAAAGCAAACUGCUACACGGCUUUCCACGUCACCUGCGCGCAAAGAGCGGGACUUUUUAUGAAAAUAGAUCCAGUUCGAGAGACUACUGUGAAUGGGACUACGUUUUCGGUGAAAAAGACUGCGUUUUGCGAGGCACAUUCGCCGGCUGUGAAUGGGUCGGACGAUGAAGAGACUGGGGGAAGGGUCUUGGGGUGUAGGGCUAACAGGGGCCGCAGUGCCUACAUGCAGACGCCAGAGCUGAAGAAGCAGAAAGGAAGCAAUAAAGUGGAUUCUAAGCAACCGCAGAAGAAGGGGAAAAAAGAGGAGGUGUCCAAAAAAACCACAACACUGUUGGUCACCGUCCCGGAAAUACCUGCUCAAAGGCUGAACAAAAUUUCUAAAGAUGUAAUCAUACAGAAGAAGAAUCAGUUCAUGCAAAGACUUCACAAUUACUGGUUGCUUAAGCGUCAAUCCCGCAAUGGAGUGCCUCUCAUUCGACGUUUACAUUCGCAUCUACAGGGCCAGAGGAGUGCAGAACAGGCGGAGCCAGAUGAAAAGCUGAAUGCUGUGAGAGAAGAGCUGAAGUACUGGCAGAAGCUUCGUCAUGAUCUGGAAAGAGCUCGACUGCUUAUUGAGCUCAUCCGCAAGCGAGAGAAACUAAAGAGAGAGCAGGUGAAGAUUCACCAGGCAGUGACUGAGCAUCAGUUAACUCCGGUUCUGGUACUGCUGAGCUCCACUUUAGAGCAGCUUCAGGAGAAAGACACCGCAAAGAUAUUUGCACAGCCUGUCAACUUGAAAGAGGUCCCGGAUUACCUGGAGUUUAUCACGCACCCCAUGGACUUCUCCACAAUGCAGUCCAAAUUGGAGGCUCACAAGUAUCGCUCCGUCACUGACCUGGAGGCUGAUUUUAACCUCAUGAUCUCCAACUGCCUGCUUUACAAUGCUAAAGACACUGUGUUUUACCAAGCUGCAAUACGUCUGAGGGACCUAGGGGGCGCUAUCCUGAGGCACGCUCAGAGACAAGCCCAAAACACAGGCUUCGACCUGGACACGGGCAUGCACCUGGCAGAAUCGCCAAACAAAAAUGACUACUACCGCUGCACUUUUGAAGACGUUGACACGCUGCUAGACCCUGAUAAUCGAUUGCACAUGACGACGGAAAACCAGUUGAGGGAGCUGCUAGAAAAAUUAGACGUGGUGACGUCCAUGCGCUCGAGCGGCGCACGAACACGACGGGUCCGCCUGCUGCGACGAGAAAUCAACAAAGUCCGCUUUAAGCAGAACUUAAAAAACUCACACAUGCUCAAUGGAGACCUCAAAGAAGAUGAUGACGAGGAUGAUGAAGACAAAGAGAUGGAUGCUGAUCAUAACCUGUCAUCAUCGUCGUCAGAUAAAGAUGAUUGUAAAUCCACCCCUCCACCCAUGCUGGAGCCCACAGGCCUAGCUUUGUCCCCUCCGCCAGGAGACACUCCACAGGAACCACCAACCCUCCGACCAAUGACAUCCGACCCCAGAACCUCCUCGUGCCCACCAAAACGCCUCAAACUCAACAGCGAGAGGCAAGAGCUCGACUCAGACCCCACACCUAUGAACAGCUGCACCAAACUAGAGGACGCACCACCUGAAAUUAAACUAUUCAAUGGUCUUUCGUCCACUGAAUCACCGUCCCGGCCCAAUACUGGAGGAGUCGGGAGAAGAACAUCCGUCCUCUUUAAAAAAGCAAAAAAUGGAGCCAAACUCCAGCGUGAAAGAGACAAUCAGAUGCAGAAUGGAAACCGGGAGGACGGAGAUGCUGCACGCACACACAACUGCACCGCCACCGUCAAGACUGAAACUACAGCCCAGCCAAAACCCUCCACACCUCCGCCCAUUUCAGUCCCAGCCAAACAGCAGACGAGGAGCCACAGCUGCAGUCCAGAGCGCGAGAGGACGCCUCCUCGACUCACUCUAGAGCCUGCGCUCACCAAUGGUUUCAGAAAGCACAAAGAUGGCGGCUCUGACUCAGAAUGCAGCUCAUCUCCGACUCUGAGAGAACUUAUCUCACCGCCUAAAAAGAGCAGAGGAAAACCUGCUUUGUCCAAAGUACCAUUUUUAGAGACUGUUAAUGGAGACUCUGACUACACUGGGACUGAUGUGCUGUCGAAUGGAGAUACGCCUGAACCUGAACCUCUGGAUUUGGUGUGGGCCAAAAGCAGAGGAUAUCCGUCCUACCCUGCUCUGAUCAUAGAUCCAGACAUGCCUCAAGAUGGUCUUUUGCAUAACGGCGUCCCGAUCCCUGUUCCUCCACUCGACGUGCUUCGCCUCGGGGAACAGAGACAAGAAGAAGCCGGAGAAAGACUUUUCCUGGUUCUCUUCUUCGACAACAAACGCACCUGGCAGUGGCUCUCGAAAGAUAAAGUGAUUCCUCUCGGCGUCGACGACACCACUGAUAAACUGCGUAUUAUGGAGGGCAAGAAGACCAGUAUCAGGAAGUCUGUGCAGGUGGCCUACGAUCGAGCUAUGAAGCACUUGAGUCGAGUUCGAGGAGAUCAUGGUUUCGUUGGCUCCAACUACAUGUAGAGCAGAAACAUCAACCACAUCUGACUGUUUAAAACAGUAGUGGCCAA